GUUUUUGUGGCAUUUUGUGGAAAGGAGUCUUGCCUCUUGGAGCCUUUAGUGUUUCACUUGCGAUGGAUUGCGUGCGGUGAGUCCGGGUGAGUCAGCAGAUUAUGACCAACGCACAGAGUGCACAGCACCCUUCGCACUUUUGGGAGGUCCCUCCAACCUACGAGUGGGAUCAUGAAACGUCAUACAACUACAGGGUCGAGGGCAAACUGAUGGUGGGACCUUACAAGACUAUCCGGCAGAAGAUGGACUUUGAAUACCAUGGAUGCUACGAUCUGAAGCGGCAGAGGCUUCAGGAUGCAAUCAUAGAAGCUGUUGUUGGCAAUGGGCCUUCAGAUCCUCAUCCAUGGAUUGUUUUCACAGCAGGGUCUUUCUUUGCAGGCAAGUCCUGGGUUGUGUCAUGGAUGCUUGAGCAGGGCUAUAUGCCUUUGGAUGUAGUAAGAACCGACCCAGACUUGAUCAGAACACAGUUGCCAGAAUGGUCAGGGUAUCUAAAGCGAGAUGGGCCAGAAGCAGCUGUGAUGACACAGCGAGAAGCAGGGACUUGUGCUCUCAUCGCCCAGUGGGAAGCUAUGCGCCAGGGGCGUCAUAUAUUAGUGGAUGGCUCGCUCCGGAAUGCUGAUCGACAGAAAGCCUUCUUUGCUGAAAUUCGAGCAGCAUAUCCACACUAUCGGAUAGCCAUCAUACAUGUCUUUGCUAGUUGGGAUAUAAUGCAGCAACGGUCAUCUGUCGCACGUGAGGGUGGGCGCGUAACCAGCCCAAAGGCUUUGCGCACGUCAUUCGACGCGGUGACAAAGUCCGUUGCAGCAUUGGAGAUCUUAACAGACCUUACAGUGCACAUCAAUAAUGAUGGAUGUGAGCCACGUUUGAUGUAUGUUUCCCAGGCCGGGGAAAGAGUUCGGGAAAGAGAUCAGACAUGGAAGGGCAUUAGAGCGGCAUUCCAGCAAGCGCCUGGGGCAAGCUUUCGCCUACUGCGAAGAUUUGUCGUUCUGAUGAUGGUAACUGGACUCGCGUGCUUUCUACCUCUUUUGGGAACGGCGAAAUGUAGCGAAAAGCAUUUUCCAUUUCUGAAUUCAUGAAGCUGCAGUUCUCAGCUUUUGAGGGCGUUCGAGGCUGCGAAUCGAAUCUUCUCCUUGCUAACAGAUGAGCGACCUUGUUGUGCACAGCGCUUCAUCGGGC